CUUGAUACGGUCCUUUUCUGUCAUAUGCUGUAAUGGCUUCCCGAUGCGUGCUUUGAUGGCGUCUGGUUUCCGUGUUGUUUGCAUGCUAAUUGACACAUAUUAUUUUGGCGGGCUUUGACAAAGUUGUAUUUGAAAAAAAUAACCAUUUCUAUUGCUCUUCGUGAAACACAAUUCCUGAAACAAUCCCGCAACGUGUUCUACUGUUCGCCGACGGCAUGAAGCGCAGAAUAUCUUCACCUCUCAAACCACCAAAUAAAAUUUUGGAUUUGGAACCGAAUUACGUAGAAUGUAUUGGACCAAAUAAAGCCGGCAGUGCCGUAGCCGUUCCACAUCAGUUUAAAGAUACCAAGCGUAAUGAUGAUCUAUCCAUGGACUGGGAUGAAGAAUGGCUCACUGGCAUGGAGCUGGAGACAAAGACAGAAAAGGAUUUUACGUUGGAUUUAUCAACAUGGAAACGGUGCAAAUUGCUGGACGCUCAGCAGCUAGGGAACUAUAUGAAAGUGACGCUGAAAGGGAAACGUUGCAAACAAAUGGCAGUCUGCCAUCUGCUACCUCCAUGGAAUUCGAUUGAAGGCAUUUCGCCCGGACUUACAGUAUCCGUGCUAGCCUUUAAGGAGCAUUCGUCUUCUGAUCACUUUGUGGUAAAUGCGGAUGGUGGCUUUUUCGUUACCGAGCCGGAUCUACUAGUUUCCGGCACCACCGUUGUGGGCUCAUUGUUUUGCCAACGUCGCGGAGUUCUACAGGAGCUGUUUCGCGGAACCGAAGCGGAAAAUACACAGAUGGCCAUUGGAACGUUGGCACAUUGCAUUUUCCAACGAUGCAUUGUCGAUAAGUCGUGCGAGACGCUGAAAGACGUGGAAACGAUCGCAGAAGAUGUCAUGAAGUCGCGAAAGCUCAUUUCUUCACUAUAUGCCAUGAAAAUGAAUGUUUCGGAAGCUUUCGAGCUGGUAGUACCGUACCUGAAACAAAUUGAAACCUUUUUGCACCAACACCUUCAUCGCGGACGCGCCGAACAGUGUAAACUGCCGUCGCUUCCGAAGGGUUCGGAGCCAGCUAAAAUUUGGAUCGGCGAAAUAAACGAUAUAGAGGAAAACAUUUGGUGCCAUCAGCUCGGAAUCAAGGGCAGAAUCGAUGCAACCGUAACCGUCGUACGGGACAAAGCAGCUGAACUGUAUGAAACCAUGCCCUUGGAACUGAAAACAGGCCGCGCGAGCUAUUCGUUCGAGCAUCUUGGACAAUUGGCGCUGUACGAAAUGAUGAUGGAGCUUGUUGGCCAUAAAGUGAGCGCCGGUCUGCUGCUAUACCUGCGUGAUGGGAAAUGUAGCCGUGUAGUGUCGAACCGCAACAUGAAGCGAGACUUGAUUAUGUUGCGAAACGAAAUUACCCGGUUCCUGAGUACCUGGAUGGUUCCGAAUGAAAUAGAUGGUACCACUACUGCCGGCUGCGAAGACAGGCCGGUGCUACCGAUGAAACCCACACUGCCGGCUCCUAUCAACAAUGAGCGAGCGUGUCCGAAAUGUCCCUACAGUACGGUUUGCGUCGCCCUAGCCAAACGUGAAGCUGCAUUUCCAACCAAUCAAGGAUUCUCGUCUAUUGCGGAAGAAGCGUGUGGCCAUCUAAGCAAUAGCGAUAUCGACUAUUUUCUCCGGUGGACCGGACUGAUUUACCUAGAGGGACAAGAUUCUGCACAAUCUCACUUGACACGAAACAUUUGGAGCCUAACGCCGCAGGAACGGUUCGAAAAUGGAUGGUGCCUUACUGGGCUUACACUGCUAAGUCCGGUGCACGCUGUCGAUGGAGCAUUUUUCCAUACGUUCACAUUAGAUCAGCAGACAUCAGGUUCCGACACGGAGAAUAAUGAUGGCCACGAUCCGGUUCCAAAAUCCACUGACAUUUUUCAAGUGGGCGAAUAUGUGAUCUGCAGCACAACGAAACGGAUUGCAGUCGCUGCUGGACAUGUGAUCAGUUUUGCCGGUAACGAGCUCGUCGUAACCUUCGAACGUGAUCUGUCUGUUAACUACAGUGGAGAACAAUUCAUCCUGGAUCAGCACGUGUCGAGCAGCAGAUUGUCCGGAUUUGAUUUAUCCAACCUAGCCAUGCUGCUCAGCAACGAUGAUACGGUGGCACGAUAUCGCAGGAUAAUCAUCGAUCGUGAAAUGCCCACCUUCUCCGAUGGAUUUCUAUGCCAGUCGAUGGUUCCUAGGGCCAAAGAGAUACUGAAAAAUCUUAACCGACACCAAAAGCAGGCAGCCCUUAAAGCGGCCGCAACAGAUUCGUACUGCUUGCUGAAAGGGUUGCCCGGAACUGGAAAAACGCAAACGAUUGUCGGGCUGAUUCGGUUGCUAUCGCUCCUGGGGCAAUCGAUUCUGCUGACCAGUAACACGCAUUCGGCCGUUGAUAAUAUACUAAAACGUUUGUUGCCCUUUAAGGAGCUAAGCUUCAUUCGAAUUGGAUCGUUAGAUCGUAUCGAUCCGGCAGUAAGACCGUUCGCAGAGCCUAUUCUCGCUGAGACUGCAGACAACCCGGAAAAAUUAGCUGAAUUGUACGAGCAAUUUCCAAUAGUCGCAGUAACGUGCCAGGGAUCGGGCCAUGCAAUGAUCGGUCAACGCACGUUCGAUUAUUGCAUCGUGGAUGAAGCGACUCAAGUCUUCCAGGCUAGCAUCAUCCGGCCUUUGCUACGUUGCAAGAAAUUUCUGCUGGUCGGCGACCCCGACCAGCUUCCGCCGGUCGUCAAAUCUGCUAAAGCACGGUCGCUUGGAGCCACAGAGAGCCUAUUUCAUCGGUUGGAUCAGGAAGGGUCCUACUGUGUGCUUCCGACACAGUACCGCAUGAAUCGUGUUUUAACCAAACUGGCCAACGACUUUACGUACGACGGAAAGUUGGUAUGCGGCAACGAUGUAGUGGCCAACGCGACGCUCAAACUACCCAACCUACAGACCGUGCGCAGAAUAUAUGAGGUCGAGCGGUGGCUCAUGAAAACCAUUUCCAACCAAAUCGACCUAUCGGCAGUCGUGGUGAAUACUGGCAAUACGCAUCAGCUGAAUUUGAGUUAUCAGAAAUUGAGCGAAGAAACGGCACCAAACGAUCGAGAUCGUGCGACGAAAAGCCACGUGAAAUGUACCAACAUUUCGGAAGUUGCCCUCGUGAUUUACAUUUGCAAAGCAUUGUUACAAGCUGGCGUUAAGCAAGAAUCGAUUGGCAUCAUAGCACCGUUUCGUGCACAGGUGGAUUUAAUUCGGAAGAAAAUAUUUAAACUGUCGGACAACCAAAAGUCGGCUGCUGCGAUGGUGCACUCGCCGAGCAACGAUAGUACGGCCGGGGACGAACAAGCGCUCUCCAAUGAUUCCUGCGCCAUAGAAGUCAACACAGUGGACCAGUACCAGGGAAAGGAUAAAAAGAUAAUCAUAUUUUCCUGUACGAAGUCGAAGAACCUUGCCGCGGCUUCCGAUAAAAAUGGUGCAGCAGCAGCCCCUGCAGAAGGUGAAAUUCUCAACGAUAAACGAAGAUUGACCGUUGCGAUCACUAGGGCACAAGAGAAGCUCAUCGUCAUCGGUGAUCUGGGCACGCUUGAUUCGUCGUACAGUACGUUCCAGCAAUUGUUUAGUGUUAUGUGCAAGGCGAGUAACGUUAACAUCGUAGACAAAAAGGACGGGUUUGAAUGGGUCAAUGUUAUGGAAUUGCUAGCUUCGUUGUCCGAGUAGAAGGCACAACGGUUAAAAUAAAAAGAAACUUACACACGCGUUGUUACAUUACGGCA